AUGGACGCAGUCUACCUCCAGGAGGAGUCUCCCAACAGUCCCCAUUCAACGUCUUCUUCCACGGGAGCAUCCUCCUCCUCCUCCUCCUCCUCAUCCUCACAGGAACCCCAGAAACCUUGGUCUCUUUUAACAGCCCUGAUGAAUGAGAUUCAGAAAGUAAGGACACGAGAUGAUGGAGUGGCAGAAGAUGAGUCACAAAGUGUAACAUUGCCAGAUAAAGACUCUUCUUCUGAUUUAAACUGGAGCGUCACGUCGGAGGAUUUUACUUUUGUUGAGAAUGGAGACGGAACAGAAAUGAAAUAUUCAGCGUUACCGCUUCCUGUGCAGUCCACGUCUGUGGUCACUGAGGGGGCUCCUCGCUCAGAGACCACCGCUGACCCCAGACAAGCUGUGCAAGCAGUAAAGACUCGAAGUCUGCACAGAAUAUACCGGAGCCUCCUUCGGAAGAGGCAGACACCUGGGGCCAGUGGGAAAAUUUGCCCUGGAGUCAGAGAGACCUCACAGCAGGUCAGCCAGGUCAGAGACUCCUACAGCUGGGUCUUAAGCAUCCCGAGCAAAAACCUCCGCAUGAGCUUCCAAGAGGUGUUAGUUGAUCUGAGCUCCAAGAAUGAUCGAGGACUUUACCAGGCGCGGGUCAGAGCAGUAGUGGGCGGACGACCUUUGACCUUCUACAGUCUUGUGGGCCUAGAGAACGAGUCCUUUUACCGCAGUGUGCCAAGGAUAAUCUCUGUAGCACUGGACGCACUCAAAGUCUGAGAUGACGAUGAAAGCACAAAGACUCUCACAGAGACCUGUUUGCACCAGAAAAGCCUCGUCAUGGGACAGAGAGACGCACAUAAACGCACACUCACUCAAACUUUCUUCUGUCUUUUGUGAAAAGCAUUGAUUUGUUUUCCUUCUCUCAGAGCCUGGCUCUAAAUGAAAACACAACCUUGAAUGUAUCAAUCCCACUGUCGCCCACCCAUCAUGCCACAGGAUUUUUUUAUGUGGUCGGAGAUGCAGCGUUGUUUAACUUAUAAAUCUGUACAAAGUGAUAAGUUAUUCAUAUUGUCUUUUGCAAAGGUUGAGCCUCUUGUGAAGCACACAGACUGUAAAUAUUAUUUGUAUUCUUACCUGAUUCUUACUAUAUUUAUUUGUACAAAG